CCGAGACCCCGCCCGCUAAGUCUUGGGUAACGGCGCGAGGGGCCUGAGUGCGGUGCGCGACGGGACCACGAACUAGUUGGGAUGGCCACCAGCUGGGGGAGCCUCUUGCAAGAUGAGCAGCUGCUGGAAGAGUUGGCUCGGCAGGCUGUGGACCGGGCCCUGGCUGAGGGCGUGUUGCUGCGGACCACACAGGAGCCCAGUUCCUCAGAUGUGGUGAGCUAUGCCCCUUUUACACUCUUCCCCUCACUGGUCCCCAGUGCCCUGCUGGAGCAGGCCUAUGCUGUGCAGAUGGAUUUCAACCUGCUAGUGGAUGCUGUCAGUCAGAACUCUGCCUUUUUGGAGCAAACUCUCUCCAGCACCAUCAAAAUGGACAACUUUACUGCUCAUCUCUUUGACAUCUACAAACAAGUCUUGGGAGAAGGCAUUGCCCAGACUGUGUUCCUGGGUCUGAACCGCUCAGACUACAUGUUCCAGAGCAGCGCAGAUGGCUCCCCAGCCCUGAAACAGAUUGAAAUCAACACUAUCUCUGCCAGCUUUGGGGGCCUGGCCUCCCGUACUCCAGCCGUGCACCAACAUGUUCUCAAUGUCCUGAGCAAGACCAAAGAAGCUGCGAAGAUCCUCUCCAAUAAUCCCAGCAAGGGACUGGCCCUGGGGAUUGCCAAAGCCUGGGAGCUCUAUGGCUCAGCCAAUGCUCAGGUGCUACUGAUUGCUCAAGAGAAGGAAAGGAACAUAUUUGACCAGCGUGCCAUAGAGAAUGAGUUACUAGCCAAGAAGAUCCAUGUAAUCCGGCGAAGAUUUGAAGAUGUCUCUGAAAAGGGGUCUCUAGACCAAGACCGAAGGUUGUUUAUGGAUGGCCAGGAAAUUGCUGUGGUUUACUUCCGGGACGGCUACAUGCCAACUCAGUACAGUACACAGAACUGGAAAGCACGCUUACUGCUGGAGAGGUCAUGCGCUGUUAAGUGCCCAGACAUUGCCACCCAGCUGACUGGGACUAAAAAAGUGCAGCAGGAGCUGAGCCGGGCGGGCGUGCUGGAGAUGUUGCUCCCUGGCCAGCCUGAGGCUGUGGCCCGCCUCCGUGCCACCUUCGCUGGUCUCUACUCAUUGGACAUGGGUGAAGAAGGGGACCAGGCCAUUAAUGAGGCUCUUGCUGCCCCAAACCGGUUUGUGCUAAAGCCUCAAAGAGAGGGUGGAGGCAACAACUUGUAUGGGGAGGAAAUGGUGCAGGCCCUGGAGCAGCUAAAGGACCGCGAGGAGAGGGCCUCCUACAUCCUCAUGGAGAAGAUUGAACCUGAGCCUUUUGCAAACUGCCUGCUACGGCCUGGCAGCCCUGUCAGAGUGGUCCAGUGCAUCUCAGAGCUGGGCAUCUUUGGAGUCUAUGUCAGGCAGGGAAAGACACUUGUGAUGAACAAGCACGUGGGGCAUCUACUUCGAACCAAAGCCAUCGAGCAUGCAGAUGGGGGUGUGGCUGCAGGAGUAGCAGUCCUGGACAACCCAUACCCUGUAUGAGGGCACGGCCUGGACAGCCUGGACUUCACUCAAGAGAUCUUCUAUCCCACGUACUUGUCACUAAUCUCCGAACCCUCCUACCUUAGGAGGGCCCUUCUCUCCCAAAGUUUUCUAAGGUCUAGUGUGAAGGAUCUGAGGACCAGAAAGGCUGUGUUUCCAUUAGAUGAGAUCUAGAAGCCCCCAAAUCUUUGAGGUGUGGGAAGGGAGCUGCUCUGAGGUCAAGGUCCAUAAAUUCUGCCAUACUCCUCUUGACCCCUCAUCAGCCUUUCCAGCAGCUUCAAGUGCCUGACUUGGGAUAGGACUGAGUGGUAGAAAGAGGAGAGAUAAGGGGGGGUGGGGCAUAGACUUUUUUCCAUCUCUGCCUUAAAUAAAAUUACAUUACUGACUGUU